AUGCCUUCAAGCCCAGUACCAGCUCCACAACUUCAAUUCGAAGGCUCUUCGCAAUGGAAUCCAUAUGUAAUUGGUCCGGUUAUUGUUGUCUGCAUUUUCAUUGUCUUGUUCAGCUACUACAGAAUACUAAAACGAUUUUGCUGCGCGCUGAAUGUUUUAACUUUCUCUAGAAACCGAGUUCGAAUGAGGCAUGGAAGUGAGAAUAACUUGGAAGAUUUGUCGUUGCAGUAUCACAGCCAUGGACGGGAAUCUACCAUCGUGUGCUCUCUACCAAUCUCUCAGUUCAGGAAGGGGAAAGAAGAGGAAUCAAGAGCGAGCAACUAUGAAUGCGCAGUUUGCUUAGGGGAAUUUGAAGAAGGGGAAUGGCUGAAACAUCUACCAAACUGUGCUCAUGUGUUUCAUGUUGCCUGCAUCGACACUUGGCUUCAGACUCGCUCAAAUUGCCCUCUUUGCAGGUCUCAUGUCUAUGAUUCAAGUCAUGAAUAUUCUUUUUCUAUGAACACAAUGCUUGAGACUACAAGGAGGGAAGACUUUUUCCAUUACAGAGCAGACCAUUAUCAAAUCCUACGCUCUGAGAUCCUUAGAAACUCUUUACCUCCAUCGGAAGAAAUAGGUGGAGGACUGGUUUCAUCGCAUUAA